AAAAACUGGUGUCCUUUUUCGAACAGCCAAACCUCUUGGCUCACUUCUUUCUCCCCACCCUGAGCUUUGAAAACACAUCUUGUGAAACAGAGAUCAAGGGAAACGCAGGCUUACUUUGGUCUAGGAUUCAGUGUUUGCUCCUCUGGAAUCCCCGGUGUGACUUGGGGCAGAACUGCAUUAUCUGCUCCUGAACAAUGGCAGGUGUUCUACAACGUGCACUGCAGCGUAGUCCUGAUGUCAUCCAUGCGCUGUGUAUCUUCCGCACUCCAGUUGCUCGGGACCAGCUCCAGGUUUGAGGGGUGCCCUGGGCAAUGUGUUCACUCCUGUGGUCCCCCUGCUGCACUAGUGGGUCCUCUCUGGUGAGCUUGGCAGGUGGGUGGCCGUUUUGAUUUCCCACAAUGCUCCAGAGUGGCGCCAUAUUGAAGGCAUCACAGGGUUUAAAAUGGCAGCUUCCCUAGGCCCAUCUGGGUGCUCAUAACUUUGGAGCUCUGGGGGAGAAUGGGAAAUUACUGAGGGGAUGGCCCCUGCAGGGCCCUCAGCAACUGCCCAAGGUUACCAGGUGCUGGCACCAGGCCUGCCCCUAAUUCCACGUUACUGGUUGUUUGCUGGAGUGUCUUGGAAAGAGAUGGAGCAUGUUGGAGGACAGGUUGCAAGUGAGUGAGGACGAGAAUCAAUUGCAGCGUCAUUGUUACUGUGUUUUCUUGCAAUGUGUUGCUCUUCCCUUAAACUGCAUAUGAAGACAGACAAUGAAGAACAAUGUUCUACGUGUAUAAAAUUAGGCGCAGCGUGGAAAAAGAGAAAAGUUUGUCUCCCAACGCCAGAAUUCAGGGACAUCCAGUGAAGCUGAGCAUUGGGAGGCUUCAGGACCAGACGAAAGGAAGUCGAGCUUCUCACAGCGCAGAGUUGAAUUGUGGAACUUGCUCCUGCCAGAGCAGUGAUGGCCACCAACUUGGACGGGGAUUAGACGUAUUCAUGGAGGACAAGACCACCAGUGGCUAUGAACCCCGGAUGGCUAUGUUCCACCUCUACCGCCAGAGGAAAUACGCUUCUGAAUGCCUGUUGCGGGGAGAGUUGCCGUUGCUCCAAGUCCUGCUUGCUUGCUCCCUAGCGGGGCCUCUGGGUGGCCACUGUGAGAACAGGACGCUGGACCAGAGGGGCUCUCUUUGGCCUGCUCUUAAGUUCCCAAUACUAGGCGAAGGAAUAAAUAGGUAUUGGCUUUGUAGGGUUCCAGUCUGAGGUGGGAAGAUAGAUGAUGGCCAGCACUUCAGAUGACUCGAGCCUUGGAGAGCCACCCAUAAAUGUGGCGAAGAGCCUGCAGUGCUGGCUCCCUCUACUUUGGAGAAUGUGCACAGGGCCCAGCUUCUUAAAACAGAUGUUGGCACAGAGCAGUCGCUCACUGGCAGAGCCCCUGCCUUGCAUGCGGAAGGUCCCAGGUCCAAUCCCCGGCUGCAUCUCCAGGUAGGGCUGAGAGAGACUCCCUGCCUGAAAGCCCGGAGAGCCACUGCUGCCACUCCGAGUAGACAAGACUGACCUAGAUGGACCAAGGGUCUCACUCUGGAGAUGCUGUGGGGGAUUGAACUGGGGGCCUUCUGCAUGCAAGGCAGGUGCUCUUCCCCCUGAGCACUAAAGUUCCUUGCACUGGAGCCAAAGUUUCAGACAAGGGUCUUUCUUCACCUGCCUGGAUAUGCCAGGGAAUUGUAGCUCUGAGGGGCAGUCUUCUAAGAACGCCCAGCAGCCUGAACAAACUCCUGUUCCCAGGAUUCUUGGGGGGGGGGAGACAUUGUUUCGUAUUCAACUAAGUUUUAUUCAGAGUAGACCCACUGAAGUUAAUGGGCCUGUGUUAGUCAUGGCCAUUAAUGUCAGUGAGUCUGCAAGUCCACGACUGUUGAAGUGGUGCAAGAGCUUUAAAAGCAUGCUGUCAAUGUGACCUUUAAGGCAGCUUGCUAUAUGCUGAGCCAGGCCAUUGGCCCAGCUAGCUCAGUAAUGGCUGGCAGCGGCUCUCCAGGAUUUCGGGCAGGGAAUUUUUCCCAUCCCUACCUGGAGAUGCCAUUGGGGGAUUGAACCUGGGACCUUCCACAUGCAAACCAGAUGCUCAAAGCACGGAGCUGUGGCCUUUUCCUUUAAAAAAAAGAUUCCAGUCAGUCCUCAUGGCUGUGAAUUAAAGAGCUGAAUUCUGUGCUGCCUUUGGCUGUGCCUGACCUAGCCCAGGAUUGACUACUCUGACUGGGAGCAGCUCUCCAGGAUUUCAGACCUAUAUUGGGAGACUGAAUCUGGGAUCUUCUGUGCGCAAACCAGGUGCUCUACCACAGACCUAUGGCCGCGUCUCUGGUUUUGUGCUGCUAAAGUUAUAUAUAUAUAUAUGGUAGGAAAGCAGGCAAAGGCCUUUGUUGGCAAUGCCGUGGUCUCAGCCAAACAAAGGUUAGCAGUAAAAGAGCCCCAGAGGACGUGUGUGUCUCUCUCUGUCAGAAACACCAGCUUUCCAAUCCCCCAUCUUGUCUGCCGUCCAGAUUUUUGACCCUUGAUUGAGUCUCAGACUAAUCUGCUUGUGUCUCUCUCCGAGCUGGAUUCUGGCACCUCUGUAACCCCAAGUCACUCUCGCCGGCCGCAAGAAGAGGAAUAUUCUGAAGUGGGAAUCCAGAUGGCAGAAGUUCAAGGGUGGCAAAAUCGAGACGAAAUGGCCUUCUGGCUGAAAGGAUCCCAGCACUGAACUUCUUUGAGGGAACUCUGUACAAACUCAAAGGAAUCGUAUUCUCUAGCUAGCCUUCAGAGAAAAAGCUGAAGAGUCUCAGCAAUUUGUCCAUGCAGAUAAAAAGAAGGGCAUCAUCUCACUAUGCAAAAACUGUUGCAAUACUGGGAAGACAGACCUCCAAGAUGUUCCUCAGUAAGUGCGAGGGAGAGCUGAGCAAGCGGAGGAAGAGCGUAGACAGUGAGGGCACCACCCCAGAGAAUCUGGAUGAAGAGCAGCCCAAGAAGAAGCACCGUCGCAACCGCACCACCUUCACCACCUACCAGCUGCAUGAGCUGGAGAGAGCCUUCGAGAAGUCUCACUACCCAGACGUCUACAGCCGCGAGGAGCUAGCCAUGAAAGUCAACUUGCCAGAGGUCCGAGUUCAGGUCUGGUUCCAGAACCGGAGAGCAAAGUGGCGCCGUCAAGAGAAGAUGGAAGCCAACUCGAUGAAGCUUCACGAUACCCCUAUGCUGUCCUUCAACAGGCCGCAUAUGUCGGCCAAUGUCGGGCCAAUCAGCAACCCCCUCCCCUUGGACCCGUGGCUGACCUCUCCUAUCUCCAGCGCCACCACCAUGCACAGCAUCCCAGGAUUCAUGGGCCACACCCAAAGCCUACAGCCAGCCUACGCUGGGCAUUCCUUCCUCAACAGCCCCCCUGCCAUACCCCAGGGCAUGCAGCCGAUGCCCCCCACAGCAUACCAGUGCCCCACAACUUUUGUAGAGAAGUACCCACUGGAGGAUGUCGACCAGCGGAGCUCCAGCAUUGCAUCGCUGCGGAUGAAGGCCAAGGAGCACAUUCAGACCAUCGACAAAACAUGGCAGACAAUUUGACGGCGGGGUUGGCCGACCCUGCUGUAUGGAAACACCGACCGGGUGGGACGGAUUCACGGUAUUGGCAUGGUGGGUCUUUUCAAGGAGGCUCUCAGCUUCAAAGGACUAUAAUUUGCUGCAUCACACAUUAGAGACUGUUUCAAAUGAGGGUCCUGCUAGGUUGGCUGAUGGUGUUGUUUUGCAGUCCGUGGUCAGACCUGGUCCUGAACGAGAACAUUUAGCACCAUUAACUCAAACAUUCAAGGACUCCAUCUCCCCACUUUGAAGGGAUGGUCUCUUUCAUUCUGAAAGAUGGUGGGGGCAUUGGGGUUUGGAGGAGAGAAUUCUGCACAGCAAAUCUGUCCUUGCAUGGGUGUUGGUUACAUGGUUAUGGGAACGACUGAAACCUCCGCACAGGCUCUCCCAAUUCUCUCUUCUACCAGGGGCUGAAAAGGCAUCUUCUGGGGAUGCUCCAGCUCUGGUUUGGACUUGAUGGGUUCUGUCAUUUCUGCAUCCCCGGAAAAGACGUCUUCCAUUUUGAAAUCAGAAAACAGAUGUUAGGUUACCAAAGGCUGCGAUGGUGAUUGCAAAAUGGGACCAGCCACUAUCGGCAAGCCUCAGACGUCGAGCCAAGUCACUGGUCCUCAAGGAGAGCAGAUUUCUUGAGAACAACAAAUAUACAUAUAUUAAAUAACCAUCCAGCUGGUUCCAAGACUGGCACCCAUCAGUUGUAAAUCCAUCCAGGCCAACAGACAGUCCCUGGGCUUGGGAGGGUUUGUUUCUACCCAAAAGCGGAUAGGCUGUCCAAAGCAGAUCACAUUCCAAAGUGGGUGCGCCACUUUCUUGUUUACACGCCCAUUUUCCUUUUCACAGUUUGUGUAUGUGCAUACACACGUUUCAUUUGCUCUGCUUUUUUGUGGGCAGAGGUUUUCUCUGAUCUAUGAAUCGCCCCCUUUGGUACAAUUUUCACACUCCAGAGCUGAACCGACAGAAUGAAAGGGAGAAAAUAUCUUUUUUGAAAGUCUCGUUUUUCUCAGCCCCCCCCCUUUUAUUCUGCAAGUUGUGCUUAGAAAACAGCCCCAGUUCUCAUGAAAAACACAAAAAGAGGCAGUAGAUAUUGUUAUAUUGGGGUAUAUUGUAAAAAAAUAACAAAAACGAUAUUGUUAAAUAAUAAUGGAGGAAGAGGUGGCUUGGGAGAGGGGCUUGAGGAACAAAAGGUAGGCAUCUUGAUGACACCCCUCCCUCAUUUCCCGAGGCACUUAUUUUUGUGCUUAAAAAAAAAUUCCCAAUUGGUGCAUGAUGCGCUGUCAUUCCUUACUCAGUAAGUAGCAAAGAGAGCGAACUGUCUGAGAGGAGAAAUUCAAUUCAGUUCCCACUCAAGGCCAAAUCUGUCGAAUUCGCACUUGCUGAAACGACAUGACAACAGAGGCCCAGCUGUCCUUCAAAAUUCACACCCACCUGAAUUUUGCAAAGCAGUUCUCCAAAUGCUGUCUACAAAAAAAUGCAUUGGGGGGGGAGCGGAAGUGUGCACAAAAAUGAAUGUAUUGCAAUGAAUAUGGUCUGCAUCCCACCCAGCCCACCAUUUUUUGGGAGGUUCCCAGCAGCCAGGGCUAGGAAGCACCGCCAGAAAUUGGGUGCUGGUAGCCCAGGCACAGCGCCCUUUCGGCUCUAGGCUUUUGCUUUGGUGCGAACUAAGCUUUUGCAGGGCUUUCUUCACCUCUCUCCUUUCUCUGGCCCAGAUGGCGCCUUGUCUCCCGCUCCACCGGAUGGGUGUCAGACCCAAUUCCAUAUCGCAUGCAUGGCUGCCCCACAACAAAAGGGGUCUUGGGGACGGCCGUCUCUCCCAACCCCUGGGGCCGGUAUUGUCAUCUCACAACAGACGCGAGCCUGUACAGGGAGACCUGUCAGGUUCAUUACAGGGAAUCGGUGCUCCCAUCACUCGGGGGUAAAUUUACAGGUGGGGCGCAGAGGGGCCCUUCCCCCCAUCACUGCCUACACGGCAACCCACCAAGGGCAGUGUUUUUAUUUUCAAGACAAUGUCCAAAUCCAAGGGCAGAGGAAUGGCGAAGAAAUUAAGUUUAGCCCAGCUGAAUCUAUUAAAUCCGCACUUUACGAAACAAUAUGAGAAGUGAAACAAAGCCCUUCUUUGAAAUUCGCACUUAAUCUGAAUUUUGGGGUGCAGUUCUCCAGCCAACCACUGGUUCCCAAAAAAAAUCCACACAUUCGGGGGGAAAUGAAAGUAAUAUACAAAAAAGCUGAUUACAUGAGGAAAAAUUGCUUGCAAAAAUGCAUGCAUUAGUCAAAGCUGCCUGCAAAAAAGUGUUUACUAGGAGAAUUCACACUAAAACGCAAAAUAAUUUUCAUGAGGAUUUUUUUAAAAACACUAAAUUUUGCAAAUUGCUGCAGAAAUGUGAGGAAGUGGAUGUAAGAUUUGAAAAAUGAAAAUCUGUGAGGUCUGAAACGGACAGAUCCUUCCAUGCCUACAAAGCCUGGGGUGCCGAUAGCUAUUGAUGCUGCAACCGUCAAGGCGGUGUCUUUAUUUAAUACAAGGCUCAAAACAAGAGGCUGCUUCUUGAUGAACAGGUUAACACACUCCUGUAGAGGAAGAUGAAGGCAGCCACAAGCAAAACUAAAGGUGGGAAGUUUUAGCUCCAACUCAAAAUAACUAGAGACAGUGUUUAACUCUGUCACGAAUCGGGAUGAUGGAGAAAUUUCAUUCAAUGCCAUACCCACCCCUGGCAUCGCCCUAUAUCUCUGAACCCUUUGUCGCAUCACAACAUUCACUCAAUAUUUUUAAUAACGAGACUUUUAUAUUUUUAUUUUUAUCAUCCAAAACCCGAUGAACAGAGCAAAAUAAAAUAAAAUA